AUCCUGGUCACAUGACAUCUAACAACAAACGUAGUUCCUGUUUACAGCAAAAGCACUGGAUCGUUGAAGAAUGCAUAACAAAUUGUUUCCUUAAAAAAAAAAAAAAAUGAAGUCCCAGUGCAGUUGUCUGGUUCUUCUGCUUUUGAAUGUGUGCAAUGCUGUGAAGAAUGAAAAAAGGCCUAACUUUCUUCUGAUAAUGGUUGAUGACUUGGGGAUUGGAGACUUAGGUUGCUAUGGGAACACAACUCUGCGGACCCCUAACAUUGACAGGCUGGCCAAGGAGGGCGUGAGGCUAACUCAGCACAUAGCCGCUGCCCCACUCUGCACUCCAAGCCGAGCCGCCUUUCUGACAGGCCGAUACCCAAUACGAUCCGGUAUGGCCAGUUUUGGAAAGGUGGGAGUGUAUAUCACAUCUGCUGCCUCUGGCAGACUUCCCAGUGAAGAAGUCACCUUUGCCAAAGUUGCCAAACAGCAGGGCUACCAGACUGCCCUCAUAGGAAAAUGGCACCUCGGUCUAAACUGUGAGCGGAGCGACGACUACUGCCACCAUCCUAGUGCUCACGGCUUUGACCACUUCUACGGUAUCACCUUGACCAACUUGCGUGACUGCCAGCGGGGCCACGGCUCUGUAUUUUUCAAUGUUCUGGCACACCUACCCUUAAAGACCCUGGGAGUGGGUGUGGCCACCGUGACUCUCCUGCACGCGAGGGGUGUGGUCACUGUUCGGCGGAGGCUGGCGCUGAGUCUGGCGGCGUCGGUUGGUGCAGCGGCAGCCGUCUUUGGUCUGUUCAUUGUCACGUUCCCCUUCUUCAACUGCUUCCUGAUGAGGAACCGGGAGGUGGUCGAGCAGCCGUACGUCUCCGAGAACCUUACCCAGAGAAUGACGGAUGAAGCAGUCGAGUUUCUGGCAAAGUGCGUGUUGAGUUUUUAUUUUGUAUUGAGACGGAAUGGGAGACAACCUUUCGUGAACACCAGUGAGAAUUGUUUGAUUGUUAGUGACUGUUUGUCAGAGAUGGGUUUAAAUCUAACCACAGCUCUGUUUACAAGCUUGAGACGGUGCCGUAAUUGCACAGUCACUGUCAUUCAGUGUAUUGAAAGCACUACACAAGACACCUGCACACAUGUAGGUUCUCACUGUUGCCUUCUACUCCCAUCACUCUCUUCUAUCCAAGCAGUACACUUGUUAACGCCAGUAAUGAUUAGCACUGUGUCUGACAGGAACUCUGCGAGACCUUUCCUGAUGUUCUUCUCCUUCAUCCAAGUGCACACGGCCAUGUUUGCGUCUCCAGCCUUCCAGGGGACCAGUCAGCAUGGAGUUUUUGGAGACGCGGUCCACGAAGUAGACUGGAGUGUCGGUCAGCUCAUGCGGGCCUUGGACCGAUUAAACCUGAGAGAGAACACGCUGGUUUACCUAACAUCAGAUCAAGGGGCACACCUUGAGGAGAUCUCGAUCCGUGGUGAGGUGCACAGGGGCUCAAAUGGCAUUUACAAAGCAGGGAAAUCCACCAACUGGGAGGGAGGGAUCCGAGUUCCCGGACUGCUCCGUUGGACUGGCACGUUACCAGAAGGGAAGGUCACUGAUGAACCCAUUAGCAACAUGGAUGUCUUCCCCACUGUGGUGAAGCUAACUGGCGGGAUGGUGCCAGUGGACCGAGUUAUAGAUGGUCAUGACCUCAUGCCCUUGUUGCAGGGGGAGGUUGAGAGGUCAGAACAUGAGUUUCUCUUCCAUUACUGUAACGCCUACCUCAAUGCUGUAAGAUGGCAUCCUCCAAACAGUAAUUUAACAUGGAAGGCGUUCUUCUUCACUCCGAAUUUCUACCCUGAGAACGGGACAGCCUGCAUGCACACACACACCUGUUUCUGCACUGGAUCCUAUGUGACCCACCAUGACCCUCCCUUGCUCUUCGAGCUCUCCAGGGACCCCUCAGAGACCAGACCCCUGACCCCGGACGCGGAGCCCGCUUUCCACACCGUCCUGGAGCAGAUACGGGCUGCUUCGGCACGCCACGUGGAAUCAAUCAUUCCUGUCCAGGACCAGCUCGCCUUGACCCACGUUCUGUGGAAGCCCUGGCUGCAGCCAUGCUGUUCAGCCUGGUCCCAGCUCUGUAGGUGCGAGAGAGACAGCCAGCGGAGCCCUGCAGGCUCUCCACACGACUAGAACAUCGUCAUGCAGCGCCGUCCAUCUAGGCAAUAUGCAUGCGUUUCCUGGGGUUCCUGUGACCUGUGCCCUCGCUCGUUAAAAUAUGUCAUUUUCUUUUCACAUUAGCGUUCAAGUCCUCUAGCCGGCGCUUUUAUCCAAAGCCACAUACUGGAGUUAUUAGAGUUAAGUGGUGACCGCUCCAAGCUCUGACAGCCGGGCUACAGUACCUUCCUGGUACACUGGUAUUCAAAUAUGUUCCUCGAAGCCACUCCAUCUUUUCAUUUCAACCCACUAAUCAGGGACUUAUUCAGACCUGGGACACCAGGUGGGUGCAAUUAAUGAUGAGGUAGAACAGAAGGCUAAAUCCCUGAUUAGUGGGUUGUAAUGGAAACAUGGAGUGGAACUGGCUUCAAGGGCCAGAUUAAAAAAAUAAAAUAAUUAAAACAAAAGCGUUGUCCAAGCGGUUCCUUUCUAGGAAAGUCAUUUCAAUGUGUUAUAUUUGCUCGCUCCUUAUUAAGGUCGAUGCAGCCAUUUCAAAGCACUUAGUGACAAACCUAGUCACAAGUAGCACUAUGAGUCAUGAAUUUGAUUGUUGAUGCGAUUCCUCACAUACACUAAAGUUGUUGAGGAGGAUACUCGCACAUUGUUUGGAAAAUCUGAGCGAUUCAGUUCACUUGUUUGGUAAUUUGUAACACGGCCAUAACCCUGUUUAACCCUGUUUGUACAGAUGAUCAUCCCUUCAUUACUGUUCAUAAUGUGAUGUCUACAGUGGCAGCAUAACAAGCAUCUGCUAAAUGAAAAUCCAUGUUAAGAUGUACAGUGGAUUGAAAGAAAUAUUCCCUUCCUUUAAAAUUAUUCGUAUUUUGUUGAUUUACAAAAUACUCCUUCCUUUCACAUACUGUGUUAACAUCAUCUGAAAGGUCGCUCUGUGAUAUAUUGUAUUUAAAGAUUAGGGAGCUUUUAU